UUGCAGACACCAACAACUAAGGAAGAAGUAGUCUGCAAGAGAAGUUUGUGAAAAAUCCAAUUAGUGACCUUAAUUAGCUAAGGUUAAGUGGUUCCAGCCUCCUCUGACACCGGUAAUAACAUGUGAAGCGGGUGCUUUUAGUGGCCUCUAAUUAAUCACCACCAGCUAGAUCUAGAUCUAGUAUACUGUAUAGAUCUCCUGGCAGCCAUUAACGCGAGGUGAAGAAAAGGACUAAUAUAUCUUGGUUAGCAGUAUAACAUGUCUAAUGCAAGCAGUAAAUCAACCUCAAGUGAGGCUUCCGAUUCUCGAAGACAAAAUAACCAAAAUCAACCACUCGACGUUGUGCUUACAGCAGAACAAGAGUCGGGUAUUGAAAAGUCAAGAAAAUUGAUAACAGGCUCUGCUAUUAGAGAGGUGGACACUUCGAAAGAGUCAGGCAUCGAAAAAGAUUUGCCAACUUCAACUGUGGAAACUGCUUCUAUUGUCAAUUUUCCUGAUUCUGCCCACACAUACAUCCCACUCAAGAGAGCCUUAGGCGAUGACACAGAUACAAGUAUUCAAGGCAGUGAGAUCAACAGGGAAGACGAGGACAAUCAUAACCUGGCUGUCGUUACUGCUGAGGAAGAAGGUGUCUCUAAAGCAGUGUUAGUGUUUCCAUCCAUUCAUAAAUCCCUGGACGAGGAAGCCUCGGCUAUUGUUCGUGAAAGUGUGCCAAAGAAUAGACUAAUUGAACGUUUAAGGUUGGAAUUGACUGAAAAGUGCCAGCAUGAAUCUAAGCUCGAAGAAAAUAUUGAUUACUUUCGUGAAAAAACUGAAAAACUGGAGCAGCAACUUCACGAUAUAGAAGUGGAAACGUUCCAAACCAGAGAACACCAAUUGAAAGUGAAAGAAGAUGAAGUUAAAGUUGCCAAAAGUCAAUUGGUAGCAGUUGAGAAACAGAACAAGGAGGAGAAACAGAAGCUCAAAGCGCUUGAAUAUCAGAGAAUACAUUUGAAGUCAACUGUCAGCAAGCUUCAAGAUGAUCACAAGAAGAAAGAAAUCGAAAGGAGAGAAUUGAUUUUACACUUCAAGGAGAAGUUAAAUCACCAACAGGAACUUGAACUCCAACGAUUCAAAGAAUUGUGUGAACUUAAAGUAAAAUAUGUUCAAGCUGAAGCGAUGAUUACUAAACAGAAGGUACGGUUAACGGGAGAAAAUCUUGCUCGUGCGCAACAGCUUAAGAAGGAAUUGGAGGAUGAAAACCAGCAGCUUAAGCUUAAGCAACUGCAUGAAUCAAAGCAAGAGUUUGGUUUUGAUGGAGAUAUGACAAAUUCUGUCCCAAUUGUUGAAGAGGCAGAAACUACAAAAGGAGGUUUUCAAGCCUCUGCUGUCAAUUUUCCUGACACAGACACUACUGUUCAAGGGGGUGGACUUGAUGGGCAGGACAAAGAUCUGACUGUGGACACUUUUCGUGAGCAAGAAGAAUCUAUUUCUGAAGCCAUAGAGGAAGUAAAAUGUCACCAGAAACAAGAAAUAGUGUUAACGUUGCCAGCAAGUCAGAAAUCUGGAGCGAAAUCUCUGGACAGUGGAGACCCAAUUAAAACUUCUAUUGAUAUAAUUCUUCACGAAAAUAAGCGAAAGAAUACACUCAUCACCAAUUUAAAGGUGGAAUUGGCAACUUUCCAGUACCACGAUUCUAAACUCCAAGAAGAGGUUGCUCACCUUCGAGAAGAACAUGAGAAACUGGAGCAUCAACUUAUCGAUAAAGAGGAGGAAACUAAUCGAACAAGAGAAGAUUACCAGAAUGAAAUUGCAAUUCUUGAAUCUCUAUUGAAAGGGAAUAUACACGAAGUUAAAAAGGCGAAAAUGCAAUUAUCAAUUGCUGAAAAACAAAAUCAAGAUGAAAAGCAGAAGCUCGAGGACAGAAUUAAAACAUUUGAAGAUCAGAGGUUAGAGUUGGAGUCAACUGUCAGCAAGCUUCAAAAUGAUCACAAGAAAAAAGACAUUAAAAGUAAGGAAUUGAUUGUAUCCUUGAAGGAGACGUUAAACGACCAACAGGCGCUUGAAAACAAACGAUUCAAAGAACUUUGUGACACCCAAGUGAAACUGGCUCAAGCAGUAGCAGAAAUUGCUAAACAGGAAGCACUGCUAAAGGAUAAAGACCUUGCUCUUGUACGAGAGAAUCAGAAAAAAUUGGAGUCUGAAAACCAGCAGCUUAAGCAACAACACAUAUCGUCUCAAACUAAAAUAGAAGAUGAAGAACAGGAACAAUUUAAAGAACUUUAUGAAACUAAAGAAAAACUGGAAGCUCAAGUACAAAUUGCUGAAAAACAUUUACUUUUUGCACAAGAGGGGAAAAAAAUGUUUGAAUUGUCAAUCCAGUCUUGGAUACUGGAUUCGGCAUCUUCAAUGACAUCUGGAGUGGAAUCUAUGGAUGAGCAAUCUGAAUUUGAUCCUGAUAGAAAAGCAGAACUUGAGGUGAUGGAUACGUUUACUGGCCAAAUCGAUGUGAGUAAUAAGUCUUCUGAUUCCACAGAUAAAACACCAGAGCAAGAAAUUCUCUGGCUGAACAACAUGCUGGCUGAGUGCAUUAGUGCUAAUACUCUAUUGAUGAAGGAGAAUAUUCAAUUCAAGAAGACAAACAACAACCUUGAGCAAGAGAUUGCUCGUUUGAAAUCUGAGAAGGUGAAAGAAGAACAACUGAACCCAGAGACUAUUAAAGAGGAACCAACAUCUGGCAAUGAUCAUCAGUUGCUCUCAUCUACCCUGAAGCAUAUUAAACAGGAAACCAAAGCUGAGCCACAGACCACUGAUGUGAAAAGUGAAGAACCAGUCUCACAGCUACUACCUUUGGGACUGUCUACUGUACAGCAUCAUGCAAUACCAUUCAACCUCCCUGGUGUUGAAGUGGUGGCCAACACUUGUGUGAUCAUCACCAACUCACCCCAAACCUUCCACUGGGUUGGCUAUGGGUUCAAGCUCACCAUACCCCAGGGCUCCCUGCCAGCUGGUGUUGAUCAGUGUCGACUAGAUAUCAAGGCCAGUGUAGCUGGACAGUACCAGUUUCCUGACAAUCUCCAGUUGGUCAGCAGUGUCUUCUGGAUGCGUCCUUAUCCCUCGGGUCAAUUCCAACAGCAGCUGACAGUUGAGAUACAGCACUGUGCCAAGAUGACCAGCUCCACCAAGCUCUCAUUUGUGAGAGCACAUUGCUCCCAGGAGAGUCUGCCCUACACAUUCAAGCAGCUUGAAGGGCGUGGCUCGUUCACAGUAUACAGCUCGUAUGGAUCACUGGAGCUGAACCACUUCAGUGGUCUGGCUGUGACAGGAGAGGAUGUGGAAAGAGGAUACAUUGCCAGUCUGUAUUAUCAGCAAUGUGAUCCCCGAACACUGGAAAUUCAUUUUGUCAUCACAUGGGAUGUUGAAGCCCACAUCACUGCAACUAAGGAUUAUUUUAAAGAGCUGGGAGCAAAAGAGAGGUCACACUUGGAAGUAGAAUUCAAGAAAGACAAAAUAAUUCUAGACAUUCCAAUGGCCGGUGGUGUAACCAUUGGAGAAUGGAAUCUGUUACCAACCGUCACUCCAUGCAUACGUCAGAGUAGAGUGGAUUCAUUCAAACCUGGCAGAAAGAUUAGAUCUCGACGAUUGAAAGCUACCUUAACACGAGACCUUGGAGUGGAGGUCCCUGCUUGCUCUUACUUGGUCACCCUGGAUGGUGCUGAUGAACCAAACCAAAUGCAGAUUGAAAUUGACACAUACAUUCCCAACAAAGAACGGAGACGAGUUACUUCUGUCUUCACAGUACCAUCAGUAAGCCAAGUUCCGUCAAGUCAGGCAGGUGAAGAUAAUGAAAGAGAUGAAAACCAAUUAUGCAUUGACGAUUUGCAAGAUGUUUUUUCUUUAUUAAUCAAUGCCAAAAAGAGUUGGUUUUAUUUGGGCCUCGCUUUGCAUAUUAAACCUGGCAUCCUUGAAGGUAUAAAAUCUAAGGAAAGCUGCAAUACAGAUCGCUUGUGUGAAAUGCUGACUCACUGGUUGCGAUCUUCAUCUUCUCGUACAUGGAGUGACAUUUGCAAGGGCCUCAGAAGUGACACUGUCAAACAAGACGUUCUAGCCGAUAAAAUUAAAGAGAAAUACAAAGGCCUGUCCAGAAAGAAGCUCAGAACAUCCUCCAUGUAACAACAUUGAGAACAAAAUAAUCAUUGAGUGUUACUAGCUAUUAUCAAUAUUAUGUGAAUGCUUUCAUGAGUAUUAAUCCAAACAACAUUUCUCACUAACAAAAUGCUUUCAAUGUGAUUAAUGUAGUGUACUGAGUAUUUGUUCUUAUUGUAUAAUUUAUGUAUUGUGACGUCAUCAUUUACUUCCUGUGUUGCUGUAUUUAUACUUGAGUUUUGUCAUUAAUAUCAGUCUCUUUGUGCAAGUAAUUCUGAAUGAUUGUUAUUACUUAUCGUG